GAAUCUGUACACGAAUUCAUUCUCUAAAAGCAGCCUAAGCUAUCAACACAGGUUCAAGAUUUGAAGAUGUCGGGAAGAGGAAAGGGAGGCAAGGGGUUGGGCAAGGGAGGAGCAAAGCGACAUCGUAAGGUCCUCCGAGAUAACAUCCAGGGUAUCACGAAGCCGGCUAUUCGACGCUUAGCUCGUCGAGGAGGAGUGAAGCGUAUCAGCGGUCUAAUCUAUGAGGAAACCCGUGGAGUUUUGAAGAUCUUCCUGGAGAACGUGAUUCGUGAUGCGGUUACCUACACCGAGCAUGCGAGGAGGAAGACUGUGACUGCCAUGGAUGUGGUCUAUGCACUGAAGAGGCAGGGUAGGACUUUGUAUGGGUUUGGUGGUUAGAUGACUUGGGGAAUUGGAAUCUGGAGGGCAUGAAGUCAGGUUAUUAGUUGGGUCGGUUUGUUUCCUGUAGUGAUCUGUAAUCCCUGUUAUGGAAUGUAGAUUUAUUAUGAAAAA